AUGUUAGUAAAGCUUCUGUGUUUAGCGCUUCUGUCGAUCGCAGCAGCCGGACCGUUGCAGCGUCGUCACGGAGAGCAAAUUAGAGGCGUAAACAUCGGUGGUUUUCUUGUCCUCGAAGCUUGGAUCACUCCUUCUAUCUUUGACAACACGGGCAAUCCAGACAUCGUCGACGAGUGGACAUUCGGCGAGUACCAGGAUAGCGAUCAGGCAGAGGCUGUUAUUAACAGUCAUCUCGACACAUUCUAUACCUAUAGCGAUUUCCAAGAUAUCAAAAACGCUGGUUUGACUCACGUCAGAAUCCCAAUUGGCUUCUGGGCAUUCGAAACUCUGGACACACCAUACAUCAAGGGCAACAGAUAUGCAAAAUUACAGGAAGUCGUCGGAUGGUGCCGCGAUAUUGGUCUCAAAGUGUGGAUUGACUUACACGGUGCACCUGGAUCCCAGAAUGGUCAAGACAACUCAGGACAUCUUAUGGACUACUUCUUAUGGCCUACGGAUCAAAGCAAUAUCGAAAAAUCCUAUUACUAUAUCCAGAUUCUCACUGAUGAAUUCACCAAGCCUGAAUAUGGUGGCAUCGUGGAUGCAAUAGAGCUUAUGAACGAGCCACAAGUAGCAGCACGUCCAUCAAUGUACGAUACUGUCAAAACAUACUUUCAGAACGGAUAUAACAUAGUGUCACCUAAAACAGCUACAGCAAUUGCCGGUGGCUUUAUUGAACUUGAUUCUUGGAAUGAUUUCUUAACAUAUCCUGGCGCAGAAAAUGUCUACAUGGACACUCACAAAUACCAAAUUUUCUCAAACCAGCAGAUCCAUCAGACUGAUCAACAGCGUUUAGAUUCAAUAUGCGCGUUCAAGCAAACGUUUGCAGAGCACACGGCUAAUCAACAUUGGGUGAUUUGCGGAGAAUGGACUUUGGCUUUCACAGACUGCGCAAAAUAUAUCAACGGUAGAGGCAACGGAUCUCGAUACGACGGCAGCCAACCUGGAUCAACUGCCGUCGGCAGCUGUGAAGGAAAGUCAGGCAAUGGAGACAACUGGAGUGAGGAUUAUAAAAAUAGAUUGCGCUACAUGUGGUACACACAGAUCGACACAUUCGAAAAUGGUGGUCGUGGCUACUUCUUCUGGACAUGGAAGAACGAAGACGCUGCAGAUUGGUCUUACAAGCGUCUCCUCGAACUUGGCGUCAUCUCCUAUGAUCCAAACGAUUACCAACACGGUAUCUGCGGAUGA